ACACACACACACACCGAGACUCAAUUACUGCCCAAUUCCCUUCUUUAUCAUUCGACCUCUUCUUUCAGAACCAAAACCGACCAGGGGAAGAAUAAAACUGAGGCGACAAGAAGUGUUAGUUGAUCUAAAUGAAAACCAAACGCGAUCUGGAAAUAAAGUGAAGUAUCGAAACUAUAAAAAGAGAGAAAAGGAUAAAGGUGUUUCAGCCGUGAUGUCAAAGAGCUGAAGACAUCUCGAACAAUAUGGAGUCUGGAGAGCGGCUGGCCUCCCCUGCGCCCACCCUGUCUGCUGCUCGCACCUCCUCCCCUGCGGCCUCUUCUUCCUCCUCCUCUUCCUCCUCCUCCUCGUCUCCUGCACCCCACUCUAAGAGCAGCCUGGCCCCGAGCCCGUCGUUGCUGGGAUCCACCCUGAACACCUCCGGCCGUCUGUUUGGAGCUGCAGGAGAGACGCCCUUCAUCGGCUCCACGUUGUCAAGUGCCUUCCCUCUGGUCAACCACCCAGCCUUCGGAGCCCUGUACACCGCCGGAGGGGGCCGGCCCGAGUUCGGAGGUCUGGGCUCCAUCGGGAUGUCGGCUGCUCUGGCUGCCCACCCGCAGUUAGGAGCCCUGUCCGAUUGGUGGAGAGCUGCUGAAGCUCACGGACGGGGAGCCGCCGCCUUCCUCCCUUCUUUCUUCAGCUUCCCUCCGUUCUUCGCCCCUCACAUUCAGCCCAAUCACAGCACCGCUCCCGCUCAGAUCAGGACCCCCGGAAAGAACAGCCACGACCCCCCUAAAGGGGUGAAUGGAGCAGUGAAUGGCAGCGGGGUCUGUCCUCCCACCACACAAUCGGUGAGCUAUUCUGCGAGUUCGGCUCCGGUGCAGGCGCUGACAAAGCCGACCAAAACCUCAGACCCGUCCAACAGCCACCGGAGCAGCCCACAGAACGACCCUGCAGAGGAAGUGAAGACGACCGUGAAACCGAAAGAUAAGAAAUUGCGGAAGAAACCAACAGGCACAUCUUUGGUCAGCAGCAGUGAGUCAGGCACGUCCUCGGACAGCUCGAGUGAUGGGUCCCUCAGCAGUGACCUGGAGGACCUGGCUGAGGACGACGAAGACGAUGAUGAGGAUGAGGACGAUGAAGAUGAAGAUAAACAGAGCGAGUUAUCAGACUCUGAGAAGCGAACAAAGAAGAGAUCGAAGGUUCUGAGUUCCGGCUCUGGAACAGGAAAGACUGACAGACCCUUCCUCUCCAGGGAAAUCCAGGACAGAAGAGACCCCCAAGCCAAGAAGGUGUCCUCCAACCCCCCAACCCUCGUGCCCCUUCCCUGUUCCGUUUCCCCACCCGUCUUGACCCAGACCUCCCCGCUGCAGAGCUCCAGGUCCCGGACCGAGGCGCCGCAGCAGCACUUGAGCGUGAUUCAGUCCACCGGCCUGGCUGCCAACCCCAAGCCCCUGGCGCUCCUCACCCAGCCCCGCAGGGAGUCUUCCCCGUCGUCCUCCCCCAUCGCCCUCACCACUUCCCCGAGAGCGUUCUCCAGCACCGCUUCUCCCAAACCCCCCAAACUGCUGCCCUCCUCCUCACCACAGCACCUGCCCCUCUCCCUCUGCUCCUCGCCGAAGCCCCUCUCCGUCCCCUCUCCGCCUCGCUCCACCCUGCUGGCGUCUACCUCCCCAAAACCUUUCGGCUUGACCUCGUCGUUAACGAGCGCCCAGAAAACCUCGCCGAAGCUGCCGAAGCACACCGUGCCCAGCGCCGCCAAGUCCAACAAGAGGAAGCUGCUGGAAGCGUCUCUGGCUCAGAUCAACGAGUUCAGACUCAAACAGAUGUCUCAGUCGCAGACGUUCCCAGCCGAGCAGAAGAAGAAGCAGCAGCAGGGUCCAAACAAGACACCCAAGAGGACGUCUCUGUCUUCGCCGCCGCUGCCGCCAGCUCCGCCUCUUCCCCCUCUUCCCCCCCAGAACAAUCACUCCAACCUCUUCCUGUCGAGCGCGCUGCUGGGUCUCCCAGAACCCCACCACCCCAACGGGGUCAUCCAAAGCACCACUCAGGACGCACCUUUGGCCCUCAUCACCAAACCUCGCAAAGACCCCGCCUCCCGGGGCAGGUCCCCCCAGCUCAACCCGGACGCCGGGUCCAUGCCCGUCAACCUGAGCACGGGGGCCAGCCGGACCCAGGCGAGUACCCAGGCUGGCCCUCCUCCUCCGUCACAGCCUCCAACUACCUCACCCCAAGCCACAGGCCACGGAUCCAGGAAGACCAAGACACCCCGGAGUAAAGGACAGACCCUGGGUCUGGGUCAAGCGGACCCUUUAGCUGCCUGGAAGGGCUUCUCCCAGAACCAUCUGGUCCAGUCUCUGGUUGAACUGUUUCGAGGAAGCGAGUCCGGCAUCGGGAUUCCUGGGGUCAGUAUCCCAGGAGUGGGAAUUCCUGGGAUGGGAAUCCCCGGAACCUGUAACCCCACGGCUGCUCUUCCAGCCAACAAGGAAUCUGACGACUCAGGAGACGACGAGGACGAGGACGAAGAUGACGACCUCGAAGAGGAGGAUGAAGAGGACUCUGAAGACAGCCUUUCAGAGUCGGACAGCAACUCAGACAGCGACAUUUCUGGGAAGAAGGUGAAGGAGUUGAAGCAGCUGCCAUCCAGUUCAUCCAAGAAGGAGACAACCUCCCAUAGGUUCACCAAAGGUCCAGAACUCAUGAACACCUCAGCCAAUCACAACGCCACCAGCUGCUCCCCCCUCAACCUGCAGGUCAUCAAGAGUCCCACCACAGCCACCAGCUCCAGUGCCUUGGCCUACCACAGCUCUGCCGGCUCCUCCUCCUACAGCCUGGCCUCUCCGUUAGGUUUGGGGAAGAGGAAGAGGGUGAUGGACGAGAAGGGGUUGACGGCUCCUCUGGAGUUGGGGUGGCGGCGAGAGACGAGGAUCAAAUCAGUGGCCGGACGCCCGCAGGGCGAGGUGGCGUACUACGCCCCCUGCGGCAAGAAGCUGAGGCAGUACCCCGACGUGAUGAAGGAGAGGGAGAGGAGGAGGCAACACGUAAUGCUGAUGAAGGCUGUCGAGGCUCGCAAGAAAGCAGAGGAGCGCGAACGCCUGCGGCAGGAGAAGAGGGACGAGAAGCGCCUGAACAAGGAGCAAGCCAAAUGA